AUGGUGGGCACCAAGAGGGUUGCCAUAACCUGGACACCGAUACUACGCAACAACGAUGGUGACUCCUGUGGACCCGCAGGCACUACGGCCGCCUGUGUCGCCGGUGCUGGUGCCGCCGCUUUCCGCACGCUUCCCCGCGAGCAAGCUCUCGCGGACAAGCACCCGCUGGCCGUGCCUCGAGUGAAGCAACGCCCUCGGCGAACAUCAACAACGUCGUCAACAACCACAGCAGCAGCCAACACGGCGGCGACCGUACGACGACGGGCGUCGGCGGCUACCAGAAGCUCUUCGGCGCCGGUGUCGACGGCAGCAGCAGCAGCAUCAAUCGCUGGUGACGGCAAUUUCGCCGCUGUCUUCGGCGACUCCAAGGCCGGCAACGACGGCGGGACAGACAGCAGCGGCGGCGGCAGCAAGAACAAGGACCCGCUGUUGGAGCUGUGGAUGACGCCGCCGCCGCCGCCGCCGCCGUCAGCUCCCGAGUCUGUCCCCGGCGACGGCAAGGGCGAGGGCGGGGUGGCCGACAGCACCACGGCGCACGCGCCGGAGACCCAGCUGGCGGUUUUCAACGACGUUGAGCGGGAUGUGAAGGUGGCCGUCGCCGGCCUCUCCGACGAUCCUCUGUCGAUGAUGAUGCAAGAGAGGGCGGUGGCGAGGAACAUGUCAAGACACGGGGGCGGCGUGCUCGACGACGACAUGUUGGACGGCGCCAUCAUGACACCGGGGUCUCCGGGAUCUGCCGGCACGGCGAGCGUCGUUCUGGGGAACGGCGGCGGCGGCGGCGGCAGCAGCAGCUUGCUCGAGGAUUUGGAGCGGGAGUCGUCGCGGUUCUCGGAAGCCGGAGGAGCGGCGGCGGCCAGCGUGGCGGCUCGAGGAGGCCUCCCGUCGGAUGGGGCGGCAGGAAAAGAAGGAGAAGGGGGCUGGGGGAAAGCUUGGGCGGCCCACCGUCGCAGCAUGCUGCGAGAGUUUGGUGUGGAGGGCGGGGACAGCGGCGGGGACAAGGCCGGCGGACAGACGGCCAGAGCAUCACCCUUGACGACGUCCUUCGCAUCACGGCUGGAGGAGCUAGAGGGGCCGGCGGCGGGAGGCGGGGAAAGCGGUUCUGGCGGCGGCGGCGGCGGCGGCAAGAGCGGUAGUGACGGGGGCCGAGGGAAGAAGGCCGGCAAAGGCAUGGCCGGGGGCCUGCUCGUCACCCCCGAGGAGUACGUUGCGCACGUAAGCGGACUGAAGGAGGACUUGGAGGUGGCCUGGUUUAGGGAAGAGAAGGUCGCGGCUCUCAAGGUUACUGUCCAGGCGGCCAAACUGUUGGGGGACGUGACGGUGCCGUCCUUCUACCCCGCCCUCUUCGCCUCCGUCGCCGGGUUGCUGGAAGCCUUCGGCGUGAUGGUCUUCGAGCGGAUACGUGAUAGAGCCGAGGACGUGGGAGAAGAAGCCUCGCCGACACAACAGGGCAACAAAGGGGACUCUCCGGCCGAUCCGUCGCCCGGGGCGGGGGCGGGGGCGGGGGCCGCGCGGCACGCGUUGCCGAGAGGAUGGACUUGCGAUGACGUCAGCGCAGAGGCCAGGGAGACCUGCCGGAACUGGUUCUACAAGACGGCGUGCAUCCGGGAGCUCCUGCCGAGGAUUCUGAUUGAGGCGGCGCUCCUCCCUUGCUACCGCUUCCUGGCGAACGAAGAUGAAUUCGGCCAGAUCCUAGGUCGGCUGUCGACGCUGGUGCGAGGCGUGGGAAGCCCUAUGGUGGCGGUCUACUGCCGCUGCUUCGUCGCCGCCGCCGGCGCUGAGGUGGCCCCUCGAGAGAGCGCCCACGCGGUGGCGUCGCUGCAGGACUACCUGUUCAGCCUCCAGGAGGUGCAGCAGGGAAAGCUGGAGGGACACCUGCGGGCGAACCAGUUCGGCUUGUCUGAGUACCUACACCUUCACGCGCCGGCGAUUGACUGGCUCCUGGGGGUCGUCGGCCCGGGGGCCCCGAGGGGAGUGUUCACGUCGAUACUCGCCCACUACCGCAACCACUGCGGGAUCCUGGAGGUGCUGCGGCUCAUCCUUAACCACUUCAGCCCGGAACACUACGCUCCCUUCGCGCUGGAGAUGGCGCUGCUCAUCAAGCAGGGGCAAGAGUUGCCCACUCGCUGCACGGUGCCGGAGGUGAUGGGGUUGCUCGGUCUUAAGCUCAGCAGCGCAGGAAGCGCGCAUCCUUCGGGUCCCGAGGCGGUCCCGCUUCUCAACGAAGCCUGGCAGGAGAUCGCCCCGGCCCCGCUACAGGUGUACGUGGAGGGGGCGGCGGCGUGGCUGGGGGUGCUGCUCCAGAGCCCGGCCUACGGCCCGGACGAGGUGGCCAUCCUGAUGGAGGAUGUGGCGUGCAGGAUGGAAGACGCGAGCACUUCCGAAUUGGCGUCGGUGCAGGGGCGGCUGGCGGACGGGGUUGCGGGCGCCCUUGCGUGUGCCAAAGACCCUUCGGCGCUUCGGGCUGCUGGGGUGCACGUCGUCAAGGUCCUGGGCGUGCUGGACAAGAGUCGGAGGGCGCAGGCCUGCCUCGACCUGCUCGCAGCGCUUCUUCGCUCGCUGCCCCGACAUACGCCCCCUCCAACCGGCCGCGUCAGCGCUCGCCCGGCAACAACCCCGCAACCGCCGCCGCCGCCGCCGCCGGUAACGGCGUCUCCGGAGUCCUCUGCGCCCGGGGAGCGGGAGGACGGGCGUUCGAAGUCGGGAAGCGGUGAUGGGGAGGAGAAGAAGAAGGGGGCGGCUAUCAAGGGAGAGGUAGAGCUGGCGCGGGCGCUGGUGGGUGUGGCCAAGCUGCUGCACGAUAGCUUCGACUUGCUCUCGUCCGGCGAGCGGCAGAGGCAGAGCGCCGUUGCCCUGACGUGCGACAUGGUGGAUCGGGUUGGAAGGGGUUGGGCGGAGCCACCCCAACCAGAAGAAGGGCAGGAAGGAGCGAACGGUGGCGACGGCGGUACGGGCGAGGCCAGCCGGUUGGAGGUUUUGGCGGAGUGCCGCCAGGCGUUUUGGGGGAUGGACGAGGUAACCGACAGACUCGUGUUGGCGGCAGCGGGCCUGUCCCUCCGGGCCUGGAGGGCGGGGUCAACCGCCACGGCGCGCGCUGCGCUGUGCUUCUGCUCGCUGACGGUGCCCUCAGUGCCCUCGGCCCUCCGGCGGCUGGCUCUGCUCCAGCUUUGCGCGAGCACCGCCCUUCAGAUCGGGAAGCCGGCCCUAGCGGACGCCUUGUUCAGGUCUGCCAUCUGCGUGGUGCCCGAGUGUUCCCCCCUGGUUGUGUCGGGGGCCGACCCCACCGGUUCCUCACGCGGCAGCGGCAGCCUCCGCGGGAGCGGCGGCCUCCACCGCUCUCCUGGGAACCCCGAUGCGGCGGACAGGAAGUCGUACGGGCUUUCGGGGAGGUUCGGGGGCUCCGCCGCCGCUGGCGGCGGCGGAGGGGGAGGGGGGGGGAAGGGGGCGUGGGGCCCGUUGCCCCCGGGCCCCGGCGGGCGGCUGGUGCUCGGGAUGGGCGGGAGGCGGGAGCACUUGGGGGCGUGGCUGCUGUGCGAUGCCGUGAAGAGCCUGCUGGGGGCUCUGGUGGCCGCGCCGGGUCAUCCCGACCUCGGCCCGUUUUAUCUGCUGAGGGGGCUGCUGAAGGCCGCCAGAAGGCUGCCGUGGCCCGCGGGUUCCGGGCUGCUGGCCUCCGUGUACAUCACCGCGGCGGGUACGCUGUGCGCCAUGUGGCAGGAGCGACUGCCUUACUCCGUGGGCGGCGGCGGCGCCGCCGCCGCCGCCGCCGCCCGCGGUGUGUCCAGUCAGGGAGACGGCCCCGACCACGGGGACGACGACGAAGGAAAUCCCGGGAAGGACGGCAGCGGCAGCAGCGGCGGUAGCCCUGCAGAGGACGAGGGAGGGCAAGGUAGUGAGGGCGACGGCGGUGCGGCGGAGGCUUCCGCCGCGGUUACGGUACACGGGGCAGAGGGCGGCGGCGCCGGCCCCGAAGAGAAGAAGAGCUGGCUCGACGUCGGCGGCGUGCUGGGCAACGACGACUUGUAUCUCCGCAACUCGGCCUAUUUGGAAGAGGUGCGGGGUCUUCUGGGGGACGUGGUGAUGGCGACAUUGAGGGAGCUCGAGGAGCUCUGCGAACAGGGAGAGGCGGAAAUGGCAACCAUCAUCGGUGACGACCACACGCGGACGGCUCGCCUCAGGUACAUUUGUCUCUCGCUCGAGUUAGCUAACCAGCUCGUGUCCAACGUCAAGAUGGAGGGCGGGGCGGCGUCCGUAGUGACUUACCUGAUCGAAGCGGCUGCGAGGGCGGGGGCCCGCGAAAGCGGCGUCGGCGGUGCCGGCGGCGGCAACCGUGGCGGCAGCCGCGGCAGCGGCGGCAUCUUGCGAAAGGGGGCCGGGACCGGUGAUGGCGGGGGCGGCGGAGCCGCGGUGUACUUUGACUCGACGGUUGCGUUCGUGAGCGGGGUGGCCAACCGCAGGCUCUCCCUGCUGGCCGACCUUAAGAGCGACAGCGUGGAGGCGGAGAAGCAGGAAGAGGCGUGCUUGUCGUUGCUGCAAGGAUUGAGCGGGUUUGGCUCACGAUCCGGCUACUUUUGAGAGACGGACAAACACGGGACCCCCGUUCUUUCCUUCUCGAGCGUGGAGUUGAGAGUUGAACGGAGCUUAUAGAGCUCGCGAAGUUUGUGCCGGUGGUCUUUUCCUGACGGGGGGAGGUACGAGCGGGAAUGAGAGGCCCGCUUGUUGUCUGUUUUCGGUCCAUUUGAUAUUUUUGUUGUGUGUUUUUUUUGUUGUGUGCGAUACGUGAACGGAUGCACCGUGACUUUCUCUUCCAGUUGGUGACGAUGUUGUGCUCUUCACGAAAAAAAAAAAAUGGACCUGUUGUCAUUCCAUGUGAAGCGGGCGUCCCUGUUCGCCACGGCACAUGAGUCGGUUUGGCGGCAGUCCUUUUGACGAUAUUGACUGCUGUUUUGUUCUCUCUCCCCUGUUUUUUUACACUUGUUUUUCUGUUGUCACUCCGAAGGUCAGGGCGCCGGCCGCACUCUUACCUCAAACCUCAAGCAAUGGUUGUGACAAGCUGAGAUUCUGUGAUCCAGUCUAUUUUAGCCGCAUUGAAAGUGUUGCUAAAUAACAGAUAGCCCACAGGGCCGUUUCUGCUUCUUCCAAGCUCCUUUGUCGUUUGUUGUUGCCGAGUGCUCUCUGGUGCCGCGUCGGGCGGAGCACGUUUUUUCCAUGAAUUUUUUGCGGUCAUUGCCUAUAUUCAUGUUUCCAUUAAACAGUUUUUGGUCACUGCCUGCGUUCAUGAUUUUUCAAUGAAACGUUUCGUGGUAGUCGUCUGUGUUGAUGGGGUUCCAUGGAACAUUUCGUGGUAAUCGCCUGUCUUCCUCGGGUAAGCGGCAGAGUAGAUCGGUUUCCUUCUCUGUAGACUAGUCUAAUGGUAAGUAUGGUGAGUGGUACUUUUAAUCCCACGCACCGAAAAGAAAAGUACAAGGACAAGUAGUGGUAUCAGAUCCUCUGGCGAGAAACUGAUUAACUC